AUGUCGCAGUAUCCUCAACAGGCGCCUCAGGAUGGCUAUGCGCAGCAACCACAGCAGCAACAAGACUAUCAAGAUUACGAGGCUACCUCCCCACCUGGCGUAGGUCCCGGUCCUGCUCCUGGUCCUGCACUUGGCCGUAAGAAGAGGCGUGAUUACGCGGGACAAGCAUACGAGUUUGGAGCUGGAGGAAAUGCUGCAGCCACGCCUGCAGGGCAGGGUGCUCCUGUAAGCGGAUAUUCGUUACAGCAAGAUGCUGCAGGCUACCCACAGGGAGGGUACGCGCAAAACCCAGCAGCCGUGCAACCUACUCCGACUCCAAUGUAUGGUGGUCAAGAUGCUGGGGUAGGAGGUUACCAACCACCAGGACCACAGUAUCCUAUGCAGCCAGCGCAGCAGCCAGUCGCCGGCCUGACCCAGCAAUUCGGUCAGAUGGACAUGUCGCAGAAGCCACAGCCACAACAGCAGCCUCAACCUCAGCAGCAAGCAGGAAGGCCACCUGUGUUGAAUCAACUGUAUCCCACAGAUCUGCAAAAUCAGCCUCUGAAUGUGGCCGAACUCGACUAUCCUCCUCCACCUGCGAUUUUACCUGCCAACACGUCCGUUACGCCGUCGCCUUACGCCAAUUGCCCUCCAAAAUACGUCCGAUCGACCCUCAAUGCUGUACCUACCACACAUUCGUUGCUCAAGAAGUCCAAACUGCCCUUUGCUCUCGUUAUCCAACCAUACACAUCUCUCCAUGACGCAGAAGACCCAAUACCAGUUGUUCCAGAUCAGGUCAUUAGUCGAUGUCGAAGAUGUCGUUCAUACAUCAACCCAUUCGUGACCUUUCUUGACCACGGUCACAGGUGGAGAUGCAACAUGUGCAACCUGACAAACGAUGUCCCACAGGCCUUCGACUGGGAUCCCGCAGCACAGAAGUCAAUGGACAGGUGGCAGCGUCCUGACUUGAAUCAUGCAGUGGUUGAGUUCAUCGCACCACAAGAGUACAUGGUCCGACCACCACAACCGCUGGUGUACCUCUUCUUGAUCGACGUCAGCUAUGCUAGUGUUACCAGUGGAUUACUGGCAACGACAGCAAGGACAAUAAAAGAGUCAUUAGACAGGAUACCCAACGCCGACCGAAGGACAAGAAUGGGCUUCGUUGCUGUUGACUCCAGUCUGCAUUUCUUCAAUAUUCCCAGGGAUGGCACGGAAAAUGCUGAUACCAAGAUGCUCGUGGUUUCGGACUUGGAGGAAGCAUUCCUGCCAACUCCACAGGAUCUACUGGUGACUCUGGUCGAAUGCAGAGAGAACAUCGAGAACUUCCUUGACAAGUUACAGGAAAUGUUCCAGAAUACUCAGAAUGGUGCUUCAGCUAUGGGUUCUGCUCUCAGAGCCGGUCACAAACUCAUCUCACCUGUUGGUGGUAAGAUGACUGUGGUGACUGCAUCGUUGCCAAAUGUUGGGCACGGCAAGCUUGAGAUGCGUGAGGACAAGAAGUUACUCGGCACCUCAAAAGAAAGCAGUCUUCUCACGACCGGUAACAGCUUCUACAAGAGCUUUGCUGUGGAGUGCUCGAAGCAGCAAGUGUCUGUUGAUAUGUUCCUCUUCUCCUCACAGUACCAAGACGUCGCCUCUCUCAGCAAUCUACCACGCUACACAGGUGGACAAACAUGGUUCUAUCCAGGCUGGAAUGCUGCGAGAGAGGAUGACGCUAUGAAAUUCGCUAAGGAGUUCUCCGACUACUUAUCAGCUGAGAUCGGUCUUGAAGCUGUACUUCGUGUGCGAGCCACGACAGGAUUGCGCAUGAACACCUUCUAUGGCAAUUUUUUCAACCGCUCGUCCGAUCUCUGCGCCUUCCCAGCUUUCCCAAGAGAUCAGUGCUACGUUGUUGAAGUCGCUAUCGAUGAGACCAUUACCAAGCCAGUUGUCUGCAUGCAGACUGCGGUCCUGCACACCACCUGCAACGGUGAAAGACGGAUUCGUGUGAUGACGUUAGCUCUACCUACCACACAAUCGUUGAGCGAUGUUUACGCAAGUGCUGACCAGCAAGCAAUCACAACAUACUACUCCCACCGUGCUGUCGAACGAGUCCUUAAUAGUGGUCUGGACUCGGCACGUGACCUUGCUCAAAAUAAGCUUAUCGAGCUUCUGUCCACGUACAAGAAGGAGCUUGCUGGUGGUAGCAUGGGCGGUGCUUCUGGCCUACAGUUCCCUGCGAACAUGCGCGCACUGCCUGUACUCUUCUUGGGCUUGAUGAAAAAUCUUGGACUACGAAAGUCCAGUCAAAUUCCCUCCGAUAUGCGCUCCGCGGCCCUGGAUCUGCUCUCCACCCUGCCAUUGCCUCUCUUGAUUCAGUACAUUUACCCGAAAAUGUUCUCACUACAUGACAUGCUCGAUGAUGUUGGCACGCCAGACCCCAACACCGGUGAGAUCGUUCUCCCACCACCACAAUCUCUUGAGUCCUCAAAGCUUGUACCUUAUGGGUUGUACUUGAUUGAUGAUGGACAGACCCAAUUCCUUUGGGUCGGAAGAGAAUCGGUUCCUCAACUUAUCCUAGAUGUAUUCGGAGUACCGGACAAAAGUCAAUUGAAGGUCGGCAAGCAGCGUCUCCCCGAGCUCGAUAACGACUUCAACGAGCGUGUACGCGCUGUAGUUGCGAAGAGCAAGGACCAUAGGGCAAAGGGUGUGGGCAGUAUUACGGUGCCACAUCUUUAUGUCGUCAAAGAGGAUGGUGAGCCUGGGUUGAAGUUGUGGGCUCAAACCAUGCUGGUCGAGGACAGAGCAGAUCAAAUGCCAAGCUAUAUCCAGUUCAUGAACGAGUGCAGGUCGAAACUAGCCUCCUAA